AUGGCAUGGCAGAAAGUUAAUGAUGAUGAAGGGAAUGUCUACUAUUACAACCCUGAGACUCAGGAAACGAGCUGGACUAAUCCUGAUGAAAGCUCAGUAGGAGAAUGGCAAGAAUUUACCACUGAUGAUGGCCAAAAAUAUUACUAUAACACUAAAACUCAAGAAACAACAUGGGAUAAACCAGAAGGAUUUGAAUCAUCUACCACCACUGAAGAGGGUGAAAUGAGCAAAGAGACCAAAGCUGUAGAGAAAUUGCCUAGUGAUAAAGAAGAUAGUGUACCUAUAGAAGAUUCAGUGGAGAGUGAAAUUAAAGUUGAAGAAAUACUGUCAGAAGAAGCUACUAAAAAUUUCAGAGGUCUUUUAUCAGAAAACGGUGUCGAUUCUACAUGGAGUUUCCCUCAAGUUAUUGCUAAAUUCAUCAACAAUCCAAUAUAUUGGCAGGUAAAAGAUCCUUUGGAAAGAAAACAAAUUUAUGAUGAGUAUCUUAACAAUGAGAUGAACAAACAAUUGGAGAACAAAACUGAGUCAUUUGAAAAGUUUAAGGUCAACUUUAUCAAUAUUCUACAAUCUUUGAAGGAGAAGAAAGAAUUCGAUCAUUUAACCAAAUGGUUUACUAUAAAAAAUAAAUUGUUGAAAGAGGAAAACCCCAUCUUCACUCACACUAUCUUAUCAGAUGAUGAGAUUUAUGGCAUAUUUAAAGAGUAUCAAGACGAAAUAAGAGCCAAUUAUGAAAAGGACACAAGGGAAAGUAAGAACCAAGCUUUAAAAGAAUUGGAAUCUUAUUUAGUUGACAUAAAUCCCGGAAUCAUAAGUGGUACUGAUGACUGGGAAUCAUUAUAUACCAAAUUGAUCAAUGAUAAUCGUUUCAAAGCCAAUAAACAUUUCAACAUUUUGGGAAAACAUGAUAUUCUUCAAUUAUACUAUGACAAAAUAUAUCCCAAAGAGUUGAGCAAUCUAGAAAGUGAAUUAAAAUCUUUAGAAGAUGAAAAUUACACCUCAGAUAGAAGAGCCAGGGAUAAUUUCAAGAAACUUUUGAGUGAAUUGCCUAUUGAAGCAGAUAUGGAAUUCGAAGAAAUUCUCCCUUUGAUUGAAGACGAAGAUGCAUACAUAGAUUUAUGUGGAAGGAAUGGAUCUACUCCGUUAGAUUUGUUCCAUGAUGUGAAAAUGGCCAAAGUUCAAGUGUUGAAGAUCAAAGUUGACUUGAUAGAAAGUAUUGUAGACGAUAAGAAUAUUGACAGAGAGAAAGUUUUGAGCAGUGAACUUGCAUUUGUUGAAUCUAUGAAAGGAGUUGAAGAUGAUCGAUUGAAAGGAGUCAAUCUUGACCCUGAACUCCCAGAAAAUGAUGUUACUGCCGUGUUUGAGAGUUUGGUAAAGAAUGAAGUGUCUAGAAAAGAGAAGCAAGUAGAACAGUUGAAAGUCAAGUUAAAUGUUUUGAAAAAAGACUUAUCAUCAUGGCUCGUGAGGAACUAUCAAACAUUAGAUGUGUUUGAGAACUCAGACGAAACAGAAGUUACGAAAGAUUCGAUUGUUAUAACAUCUUCCAAUGGAAAUUAUUCCAUGAAAUAUGACCCAGAAGUUUUGGAUAGACUUCAAAAAUCAUUGGAAAACAUCCCAGAAUUCAAAAACAUCCACCACACAAUACAAGAGAUCAAAAUGUUUCAAGAAAUCGAUAUUAAUGAGAUUUUAAUAGAUAUCCUUAACGAGUUCAUCAAUAGAUUGAACAACAACACUAAGAGAACAGCAAAUUUUGAUGAGUCCACCACCAAAAGGCUUCACACCGACGAUACCGUCAAACCAAAGAAAAUGAUAAUUAAUUAUUAA